UUCUGACCUUCCAACACACUUCAGUCAUUGACGGACUGUCACUUAGGAAUGGGAGGCAACCAAUCAUGGGUCACAGAAUUCAUCCUAGUGGGAUUCCAGCUCAGUGCAGAGAAGGAAGAGCUCCUCUUCUGGAUCUUCUCCCUGUUAUAUAUCUUCAGCCUCCUGGCCAAUGGCAUGAUCUUGGGACUCAUCUGUCUGGACCACAGACUGCACACACCCAUGUACUUCUUCCUCUCACACCUGGCUGUCCUUGACAUGUCCUAUGCUUCCAACAAUGUCCCCAAGAUGUUGGCAAAUCUACUGAACCAGACCAGAACCAUCUCCUUUAUUCCAUGCAUAAUGCAGACUUUCUUGUAUUUGGCCCUUGCUGCUACAGAGUGCCUGAUUUUGGUGGUGAUGUCCUAUGACCGGUAUGUGGCCAUCUGCCACCCUCUCCAGUACACUGUAGUCAUGAGCUGGAGAGUGUGCACAAUCCUGGCUGUCACUUCCUGGUCAUGUGGGUUUACCCUGUCCCUAAUACAGGUAAUUCUCCUUCUAAGAUUGACCUUCUGUGGGCCUUGGUAUGUGAACCAUGUCUUCUGUGAAAUUCUGUCUGUCCUCAAGCUGGCCUGUGCUGACACCUGGAUCAACCAAGUGGUCAUCCUUGCUACCUGUGUUUUUGUCUUAGUUGGACCCCUUUGCUUGAUGCUUGUCUCCUACAUGCACAUCCUCUGGGCCAUCCUAAAGGUGCAGUCAAAGGAGGGCCGCAUAAAGGCCUUCUCCACCUGCUCCUCCCACCUCUGUGUGGUUGGGCUCUUCUUUGGCAUAGCCAUGUUGGUUUACAUGGUCCCAGACUCUAAUCAGCGAGAGGAGCAGGAGAAAAUGCUGUCCCUAUUCCACAGUCUCUUCAACCCAUUGCUGAAUCCCCUCAUCUACAGCCUGAGGAACGCUCAGGUGAAGAGUGCCUUCCACAAAGCACUGCAGAAGAAGAGGUCCGUGUGAGAGGUGUGUAGAAUGGUGGUUGAGUAUGGCUUUGCUUUUAAAAC